GAGGUUUUCAUUGAUAAAAAUGUAAAUAAUGAAAUCUCGGAAUCGAUUUUAACAACAAAAAAUGAAAAUUAUAAUGAUUCAGUACUAUCAAAAGGUGAACUAGAAGAAACAAUCAAAAAUAAAUAUUUGUUACUUAUUCAAGCUCUUCAAGAUUCUAUAUUUGCAAAAGAAUAUCCUGUUAGUAAAUGGGAAGAAAAGGCGUUAAAUACUUUUGGCUCGUAUUUAAACUCUUCUGAACGGUUCAAUGAAAGAGAAAAAAAUAAUAAAUCAAAAUCACCUGAGUCUAUUGACACAAGUCUCGAUAAUAGUUUAUCAGACAUUGCUCAUGCCUUGCUUAAUCCUGAACCUGAAACUUGUUCUCUUCAAGUUAAAGCUUUAAAUAACAAUAUUUCUUUUGUUUUAAAAGAAAGCUAUAGUUCAAUGAAUUUUAAGGAACCAAUCAAUUUUGGGGAUGAUAUUAAAACGAUACAAGAAAAAUUUAAAAAUUGGAUAAAUGUAAACAAUGUUGCAACUAAAGUACAAGACGAAUUAGAAUAUUACAAGCUUUGCCAUUUUUUUAAACUCCUCAAUGGAUAUGCAGUACUUUAUAAACUUGUAAUAAAAGAACUGCAAAAUAACUUCAAAAAUCUCAGUCUUAUAGAAAAAAUCAAGAAU